GAAAGCUAACAGGGUUUUAACCAAACCGAAUGCUUUGAAGGACUAAACCACGGUUUUCUCGGGCUAGGCGUGGUUGACUGAAACACUCCGAAACCCAAAGCCAGUAUUGGAAAUAUCCCAGGCCCCCACAAACUUCACUCCCAUACUACAUAACACAGAGGUCACUUCACUCUAAGGAAACGGCUGCUACCCCUGUCCUGACCACACCACCACACUCACACAAACAAAGAACGCCAUUUGUUACACGCUGUAUUCUUCGUGAUUCUAGGCUUUGUUUUAGAUGUCUGGGAGUGAGAGUUUUCUUGAGGGGAGCCAUCUUGUAGCUGAGGGCAAUCCUCCUAGUUUGUCUGAGCUGCUCUUCUCUAAUGAUGAUGAUGAAGUGGGUGCUGGUAUUGAUAUGGCCCAUGCCUCACGUUUCUCUUCCACUGGAAAGUCUCCCAGAAUGCUUUGUUUCGGGGGGUAUACCCAUCGGAAUGAAAGUGUAACUGUGAUGUUUAGUGAAGCAACAAAGACCACCCCUCAAAUCUCUGGAGUCACAUGCAGUGACUCAUCUUCAGCUUCUUCUGGUAACAAUUGCAACGGCACUGUUAAUGUAACACGUACCGUCUCCAAAUCAAAUAGAAAAAGAAAUGGGUCCAGCCAAGAAGUAACAGCGAAUAGUACUAACACCAGAGCCAAAACUAAUUUGCCUAGCCAGAGAACCAGCAAAAAGACGAGAACUGAGAAUCCCAGGUCAACCGGAAAUGCUAAGGUGAAGAGAGAGAAGGUGGGAGACAGAAUCACUUCAUUGCAACAGCUUGUAUCCCCCUUUGGCAAGACAGACACAGCUUCAGUGCUCCAUGAAGCGAUGGGAUAUAUCAGGUUUCUGCAAGAUCAGGUGAAGGUCCUGUGCUCUCCCUACCUGCAAAAUCUACCUGAAGGCGGAGAGAUUGGAGUAAAGGAGCCAAUAAAGAAUCUGAGCAGCAGGGGGCUGUGUCUUGUCCCAGUGGACUGCACCGUUCACCUGGCAAGCAGCAACGGUGCUGAUUUCUGGUCACCUGCUACUACUGAAAAAAACCACCCAUCAUUCUCAUCAAGUAAACAGUGAAUCUAUUCUAAUAGUUAAUUCUCUGCCUAUAUUUUUGGGAGCCAGGUAGCUCAAGGUGGAAAAGGGUCAAAAAGGGUAAACGGACAUGGUAGUAAAAAUACCAAAGGAAUCGUGCAUGGUGGAGAAGAACCAAGCGUCGGGUGCAAAGGGGUUCUCUGCCUAUUUUUGAUGUAAACUAGGCGAGACUUUUGGGAAGUUACCGGAAGGUGGAGAAGGGCUCUCUUUGUUUUGGGGUGGCAGCCUCUUUGGCAUAGUUAGCUUUCUAACACGGAUCCCACCUGUAAAUGUUCCCGGCAUUACUGAUAUCAAUGCCAUUUUUGGUAAGAAGGGUUGGUUGCUAGUCAAACUGUCUCUUUUA